CGAGUAGAAUCCACAGGUCUUCGCGUAGGCGAUUAAAGUGAUCCGUGGCUACCCGCUAAACCUUUUCAGCCCUCGUACAUAACAUCAAAAUGCGCCACAUCGCCGCCUACCUGCUCCUCCAGAUUGGAGGCAACGCCUCGCCGUCCGCUGCGGACGUGAAGAAGGUCCUCGGCGCCGUCGGCAUUGAGGCCGAUGAUGAGCGCCUGGAGAAGCUCAUCUCUGAGCUCGAGGGCAAGGACGUGAACGAGCUCAUCGCUGAGGGCUCCGCCAAGCUCUCCUCCGUCCCCUCGGGCGGUGCUGCCGUCGCUUCCGGCGGUGCGCCUGCUGCUGGUGGCGCGCCUGCCGCUGCUGCCGAGAAGGAGGAGGAGAAGAAGGAAGAGGAGAAGGAGGAGUCCGACGACGACAUGGGCUUCGGUCUCUUCGACUAAACGACGAUUGGCGACCGAUAUCAUCGUGUACUGCAUUAUUGCCAUCUGUAGCAAUACAAGAUAUAUCCGUUUGCGUGAUCAACGCCUCGCCGUAGCUGUUGUGAGCUGCUACGGACUUCGCGAUUGGCGUACUUGAUCGAAGGCCAUGUUGGACCGUCACUGGUAAAGACAUACUUAUUGUUGGCGCUAGCCAAUCCUUGCCGUAUGAAUGAUCGAC